AUGUUCAAUUUGUUUGUCAAAGCAGAGUCCGCUAGUAGCAUAGGAACUAGUUAUGCAUCAAUGAACCGAUGUGGAAAGACGAAUGCAAAGAAAGCGCCGGACAAGAACUAUAAUUCAUUCAAAGAGUUCAUGGACAGAGAAACUGAGGCACACGUUAUUGCAAAGUGGAUGGUUUUGCUGGAAUUGAGAAUUUUAAAGGUAUAAAGCCAACCAUUUAUAUUUUUCAUUUAAUGUUUAAAAACAUUUUUCAUUGCUGGUAUUCUUUUUUUCUAUUAAUUUAUCUAUAGUCAACUGCAUAUUUAUUAUGUAUCUUAACAUGUAUAAGAUAGAAGAAACAUUUUGAAUUAUGUUUCUACAGACACCCCUAAAAAACAGGCCAAUCCCUGCAGACGCAGAUACGUGGACUGUUGAAGAAAAGUCAUCAUGGUUGGCUUCAGAGACCAAGGAAUUCCUAAGUGGUGUCUUGUUAAAGCAAGAAAAUUUCACCAAUAGGGUUAGCAAUAUUGAUGCAGCUCACAGGGAGGGCUUUCCUUGUCGUAGUCCCAACUGCCAAACUGUAUUCUCCUUACAUUCAAGUAGAGUAAGGUAUGUGUAGUGACAUAGAGAAAUUAUUCUUCCCACAUGGCUUCGUUUAUAAAUGAUCAAGAAACAAUCGUGAAUUGACCUAAGCACCCAUAUAUGAGAAAAUGUUAAGCAAAGUUAAACAUCCUAAUAAUUUAAAAUAUUCAUUACAGGCAUGAACUAUCACAGCAUCCUGGAUUGGACAUUGAAAAUGAUGGUGACCAUGACAGGGACAGCUUGGGUUAUUACAAGUGCAGGAAUGAAGAGUGUAGGCAUAUUUUCACUACUAAUGCAACACGAAAAAGGUAAUGAUAGAAUAGAAAGAUUGGCCUUCUCUUGAAAAACAAUUAAAGAAGAGUGAAAUUAGGGUAUAACAAAGCAAUACAAUGAUACUAGUUAUGAGGAAAUUCGUUUCACUUGAUAGGUUAGCUAGCAGACCUUAGCAAGUUGAUCUAUUAACUUCUCUUGUUAACCUAUCAAGUUACAUUGUGCACUACAUGUAUUAAUUUAUUCUUUAUUAUUUAUUAUUUAUUCUUUAACAGUAAAGCCAGGCAGUUUUUGCACCAAAUUGAACCGAUUAUCAGUAUCACCAUCAGAGUUUAUUACUCGAUCUUUAUAAAAUACUAUUUUUUUAAACAGACAUGAAAAACAAUUGCAUCAGGUGGAACAUUUCCAUGAAGCAGAAAAAGAUAAAGAACCACCCAAUGAUGAAGAAAAUAAUGCAAAUACCUCCAAUGGCAAUAUCUACAACUAUCACAAUGCAAGGUUACAAUGUGGUCUCCUGGUAUUAAAUAUGAUGGAUGCAAUAAAAGAAAGGGAUGGCAGCCGACUGGUGCGGUGUUUGAAGAUAGUUACUAUUUGA